AUGACUAAUGGAAAAAUUGAGAAACAAAUGACUGGAAGUGAAAAUAAUAAAAUGAGGAAAGAAGACAUUAAAAAAAAGAAGGAAAUAGAUCAAGGACUUUUUAAAAUAUUUGAUAGUAUUCCAUCUUAUCCUGACAAAUUUCGUCAGAUGUUCCACAUGCAUGUUGAAACAUUUAAUUACAUUCUUAUAAAAUUGGAAUCUAUAGACACCACUAUAGUUAUACAUAAAAACUCUAUCAGUAUGAAGCAUAGAUUAUAUAUAACACUCAUGUUAUUAUGGGUAGGUCUUCAACCCAAGCAUCUCUGUUUUCCAACAGUUCAACAGAUGCUUGAAAUAUCAGCAGGUUACUUCAGGAAAUCAAGUUUUCCUCAUAUAAUAGGUGCUAUUGAUGGAAAACAUGUGAAAAUAAAACAACCUAAAAAAAGUGGAUCCACAUUUUAUAAUUAUAAAAAAUUCAAUUCCAUUGUGAUUCAAGGUGUUGCAGAUGAUAAAGCUAGAUUCAUGUUGAUUGAGGUUGGGUUUCCUGGUUCUAUAUCAGAUAGAAGCAUAUUUACAAAAAGCCUAUUUUAUGAAGGGAUGAUCAGAAAAAUUAUAAAAAUUCCCAAUCCAAAUUUCUUACUUUCUACAGAUAUAUUAUCACCUUACAUAUUUGUAGGUGAUGAUGCUUAUCCCCUAUUGGAUUUUAUUAUCAAACCAUAUAAAACAAAUUUAAAUGACAAUAAAAAUAAUUUCAAUAACAAAUUAUCAAAAGCCAGAGUAUCAAUAGAAAGAUGCUUUGGCAUAUUGAGUGCUAAAUUCAGACAUCUUUACAAACCUUCAGAAACAAAUAUUACAAACACUAUACAAAUAGUUAAGACUGACUGCCUUUUGCAUAAUAUUAUUAUUGAUCUUGAGGGAAAUGAUUGUACACCAGUACAUGAAGAAUAUCCAAUUUCAAAUUUUACACAAUCUCAUUUCCAGCGAAGGACUGAAAGCUCUAAUAAUAUCAGAGAAAAAUUUAACUUAUUUGUAAAUAAUUUGAUAUAA